UGUCAAAAGUGAUUAAAAAGGAAAGAAGAGGAAACUUAUUGUUUUACACGCUCUUAGUAAAAUUGCUUAUUAAAAAUAGGCAAACAAAAAUAAAUUACGCGUUAAAAAAAUUAUAAUAUUAUAAACAAAUUGAAGUAAGUAAUAUCUAAAACUUUCAUUUAUAAAUAAAUAACUAUCAAUUUCAAGGAAAAAUGAAGUACAUAUAAAAGUCCUAACAAGGUUGAAAUUUUUCUCUAUGCCAAAAGUAGCACAAGCAACAACAAUUAAAAUAAAUAAAAAACGGGAAAAGAAAACUACCACUAAAAACAAGAAAGAAAAAUUGCGCGAAAAAAGCGUACGAGACACAACAUAAACACGACGAAUAUGAACAUACCGCAUAGUAGCAAAGGCAGACAUGUCUAGUGCGAGGUGAAUCCCAAAAUUUUGUAUUUUCGAUAAAGAAAAAUAAAAUCCAGACCAUCAAGGAAACAAAAUUAUAAAAAAAGAAAAUAAUAAAAAAUAAGUGUUACAAACAACAGGCGGUUUCAGUAAUACGCACAUCGGCAACGACAAGGUUUUCUUUUUCACAUGUAAAAAAGUGGGUCUUGUUAGAAAGGUGAAUGUUGCAUUUUUUGUUGUUUAAAUAAAUUAUUGAACAAAAACAUCCUACACUAACUACCGGGUAUAAAUUUUUGCAUAAUAAACUGUAUUUUAGUUGAUGUUUGCAAUUGGAGAAAAGCCCACUUAAAGGAAUCCUUAAUGUAAACCAUGACACUGCCAAAAAUCUUUUCUUUGGCAUCGAAAAAUUUCAAUAAUUUUGAUACUAUGUCAUUUGAGGCUGGCACAGCUACAAUUACAAAUCCAUUAUCGCAUCAAGAACAACAACAACCAGAACAAAUACCACAACAACAGCAACCACAAGGCUUAAGCGCACUAAAUAACCAACACUCAAUAAUGACUUCAUUACCUCUCCUACAGACAACAACAACUUUGACAAAUGCUACAAUGUUUGAAGCUAACAAUACAAAUUUAAAUAUAUCCCCCCAACAGUCGAUUUCUGAAAAUUCAGAGUCACAAUUAUUGGUAGAAUGUGUUAUGCCUGGUAUAUAUUUGACCAAAGAUUUUAUAUCUUGGAAAGAAGAACAAUUACGCUCCCAUGGAUUCACUCACAUAAUCAUAAUUGAUAAACAUAUACAGGAAUUAUAUUAUCCAAAUCAACAACCCGACAUUUUUAAACUCUGUUCAAUGAACAAGGAAAAGGCACAAAAUGUACCGAGGCGACAUGAUGAUAGUUCCUCUUUAAAUGCAUUUGAUUAUUAUUGUCCACCAACAGCGAGUUCAGCAAAUCAUUUAAGUUUUGGCAAAGAAUUUAAAGUGAUUGACUUAAAUUUCGGCGAGAAAUCAUAUUUAACAACAGUCUUACCAAAUUGCUAUAGGGCGGUAAAGUUUAUCAAUAAAGCUUUACAGGCUAACGGCACGAUUUUGGUAAUAGACUGUAAUGGUGGCGAACAGAAAUGUCUAACAAUUAUUGUUGCUUAUUUGAUGUAUAAACAUAAUAUUAGUUUUAGUAAUGCCUUUGCCCGCCUUAAAGAGUUUUAUAAGAAAGCUGAUUUGGAUCGUUUCUAUAUUAGUCAACUCUACGAAUACGAACCCAUUUUACAAGUGCAACGUGCGCAGUCACGUGGUCACAGUUGUUCUAGAGAACUACAUGCUGCCAUUUUAAAGCGUAAGAAAACCCAUGAUGAUGAUAGUGAUGCAACAUUAGAUAACAGCACCACAUGUACGACUUCUUCAACCUGCUAUAACACUACAACCAGCUCAUAUACUAAUGCAACAACUACAACAGAAUUGUUAGAUAAUUGUAAUCCUUUAAAUCGUUUCGAUAGCACACAAAUGGAAAGACAAGACAUAAAACCAUCAAAUCAUCAUCAUAAUCCUCAAAUGACACAAACCAAUCGUAAUCUGCAUACAUUUACUCGUUUUAUGAGUGGAACGACAUCAUCGUCGACAACAACAGGUGGUUGGUAUAAUUGGGAUGAUUAUGCUAUGGAAUAGAUAAACUAAGUGCAUGUUAUAAUAUACUUACUACUACAACAAAUUUCCAUAAAUUCAAUAUGAUGGAAAUGAAAUACAUUUUUUUUAUAGAUUUUUUUCCUUGUUAUAAGAAGACGAUUUACAUACAUACAUACAUACAUAUGUAUGUUUAUAUUUUGAAAUUGGAUCAUUGCAAAUAAAUAAUAUAUUUGCAAACUUUGCAUAAUAUGUUUAUUGUAAUAAUUUUAAAUAACAAUAUCAAACACUCUUUACACUAUGGAUAAUAAUUAUAAGACACUAACAAAUCAAAUUGGGAAAUAAUUUCUAAUUUCUAUGUAAUUUGAAAUAUUAUUAUAAUUAUUACACAUAAUGUUAAUAAAGAAAUACCUAUAUAUAGUCUGGUAAGUGAAGAAAGAACUGAAUUUGUUAUGCUUUUAAAGAGAACAUUUCAAUGAAAACAAAUGAUUGAUUCAAUAUCUAAAUGAAAUUAAUUUAUUGGAUGUAAAUCGUACAUGCAAUUGCUAAAAAUUACAAACUUUUAUAUUUGCCUUUAAAUUGGCAUCUUUUUAGUUUUAAUAUUUUUGUUACUCGUUUAAAGAAAUAAAUGCAAAAAAGACUUUUUUAAAAAACACAUGAAAUUGUAAUGUAAAAAUAUGUAAUAUUCUAAAUUUUUAAACAUUGUACGAAUUAUACGACCGACAUAUUUAGUAUGUUAGUUUUUAGUGUUAAGAAACCUAGUUUGUUGUUUAAUUUUCUUUUAUACUUUGCUUGUAAUGUAGUGAUUUAAUUUUUUUUAAUUGAUACAC